AUGAAAUAAAGGCCAACAACUGCGAAAGUUCCAAAAACCAUAGAUUAAAGGGAAAUUCAAUAGCUUCAUGAUCUAGAUAGUACUUAAGUAGUUAGAAUCUAGGUCGUUAAUAUCAGCUAAUCGGCAGCAAUCUGUCUCAUUUUACAAUUUUGAAUGAAUUGGGGAAAGGUUCCUAUGGAGUUGUUUAUAAGGUGAAAUCUAAUUAGGAUGGGAAUAUUUAUGUGCUCAAGAAGAUCAAUCUAACUCAUCUGAAACCAAAGCAUCAAGGUAUGUGUGUUUCAUAUUAAAAGCUGAGGCACUCAAAGAGGCAUAACUUUUGAGGAAACUGAAACACCCAAAUAUCAUCACAUAUUAUAUGAGUUUCAUUGAACAAGACAAUCUUUGCAUCAUUAUGGAGUAUGCAGAAGGAGGAGAUCUUUAGAAAGUAGCCAUCCCUCACUUAUUUAGUUACUAAAAGAUUAUAAGGAGAGAAGGAAAUUUAUGUAAGAAGAAACCAUAUGGGAGACAAGUAGGGAACUCAGUUCAGCAUUGUAGCAUCUGCAUGAAAACAACAUCAUUCACAGAGAUAUUAAAACACUCAACGUAUUUCUAACAAAGGAUAAACGUGUGAAAUUGGGGGAUCUAGGAGUAUCCAAAAUAUUCAAUUCAGACACAGCACUCUAAGGCACUCGAGUGGGAACUCCCUUAUAUUUGUCCCCAGAACUUGUCUAGCAUUAGCCCUAUGAUUACAAGGUUGAUAUCUGGGCCUUGGGAUGCGUUGUAUUUUAUAUGGCUGCAUUGGAACCUCCCUUUUAGGGCGAGAAUUUGAUUGCCUUAGGAUAUAGUAUAGUUAAUAGAGCUCCUAAAACAUUGCCGCCUCAAUAUUCUACAAGUACGAAUUUUAUAAGUAAACUAUCAAAGGACUAAGUCAGUUCAUUUGGAAGUUGCUUGAGAAGAUUCCAGCCUUGAGACCCAGCAUAUAAGAAGUCAAUACAAUAUAUUUCCAAUAAAGGAGUCAGCCAUAGAGAAUUUCAUAGUAGAUUUUAUUAAUUACAUAGACAACUUGAUGAUGCAUUGCCUUAGAUGUAAUAUCAAUAGCACUAAUAAUAAAGGCCAUAAACCUCAAAUCCCAAAUCGUAUGCAAUGUAGGCUUAGGAGACUGAAAAGAUGAAGAAAACUAGGAAACCACAGCAGCAAGAUUUAAUUAGUAAUGGGUCAGAUACAAUUUACAUGGGAGAUGUUAUUGAUAUGACCUAAAAGCAAGUAGAAAAUGAGCAAAUAUCGAGAGCCUUAUAAUAUUAGUAGUUGUUGAAAGAUCAAUAGGAGAAGUUAGAGAAGGAGCGACUUGAAAGAGAGAGGAUAGACAGAGAGAGACAAGAGAGAAUGGAUAGAGAGAGAUAGGAGAGACUGGAGAAGGAGAAAUAAGAAAGAUUGGAAAGACAAGAGAGACUUGAAAGAGAGAAAAUGUAGAGAUUGGAGAAGGAAAGGUAAUUAAAAGAAUAACAGGAACAAGAAAGGCUUAAGUAAUUAGAAUAAUAAGAAUAUAAACAUACUUAAUAAUAGUAAUAAUAAUAGGUCUUAAAGAUUCAAUCUAACAAUGUUGAACUCUACAUUCAAGAUAUCGAUGACAAAUAAUUUUAAGAGGAAAGGAAGAACUCAUUUUCACUAGAAUAAGGACCAAAAUUUAAACUUGAAAUGAAACACUCUAAACCAUAAAAUACCUAUAAACAGAAUGUGUAAAUCAGACCUUUAUCAGCCUAAGCAAGAGGGUCUUCAUUUGCUAAUAUCUCUUGCAGGGCUAAAUUAAUUCCAGUGUAACAAAAUCAAUCAGUCAAGGAAGUCAAAAAGUUCACUAUUUUAGAUUUGAACCCAAAUUCAAACUAGCCAUCUGUGCAUUAAGAGGUACCUCUACCACAGGAACCUUACAUUAAAUACCCAAAUAGUAAUGGUGGUUAAAAUACUGUAAUUAACAAUGUUAAUAACAUUCUAAAUGCCCAACCGAAUAAAACCAAAGAAAAUAUUCGUAUCAAAAGUGCUCUUAUUAUAUAAUACUCAAAUAAAAGAUAACAACAAGAUCAACCAUCAAAUUAAAUUGUUAAGCAUUACACAUUAAAGGAUUUGGUAGAGUCAUGA